GGAAGGAUGUGAGAGGGAGAAGGAGGUGGAUUGUGUUUCUGAACCGCUGAAGUUUUUUUCUUUUCUUUUCCUUUCUUUUUUCGCCUGUGAAAUCCCUUCGGUAGUUGCCAAGACGAACACAGGUUCACUAGGAUGUCUGACAGACAGUCGCUACUGAACAGGUUUUCUACCGGAUGAUCCGGAGUUGGUGUUCGGAUCAUCGCUGCUGUGGAGGAAUCGCUGGGUUUGGGACUCGCUUCUAGUGGAUCUGAAGCUCUCCUGGACUCGCCUGUGCAGUUGUAAGUGGUUGCGUGUUUGGUGGAUCGGACGUGGCGUCUUUGGACUUGCACGUGUGAGUUUGUUUUCUCCGGGACGCAGCGGUACUUCAGCCUCCUCCAGCCCGGAGCUGCUCCUGCUUUGGGGUUUGACUGAAACCAGGGAGGAAAGGUCAGGAUAGAGAACAUGUCGCUGAGCAGAAGCAUCGAAUUCGAACACUUCGAGGAGCGAGAGAAGCCGCACCGGACACCGAAGACGAAUUCUGGCUCCGGGUCUCAGUCCGGCUCCAGGGGGAACGGUCUGGUCCAGAGCCCCGCGCACAGCGCGCACUGUAGUUUCUACCGCACGCGCACCCUCCAGUCCCUCACCUCCGAGAAGAAAGCCCGAAAAGUGCGGUUUUACCGCAAUGGCGACAAGUAUUUCAAAGGACUGGUGUACGCGGUGUCCCACGACCGGUUCAGGUCUCUGGAUGCUCUGCUCAUGGAGCUCACGAGGUCCCUGUCAGACAACGUGAACCUUCCCCAAGGAGUGCGCACUUUGUUCACGGUGGAUGGCAGCAGGAAGAUCACCAACUUGGAUGAGUUGAUUGAGGGAGAGAGUUAUGUGUGUGCCUCUAACGAACCCUUCCGCCGUGUGGACUACAUGAAGAACGUGAACCCCAACUGGUCGGUGGGCAGCAAAACUGGCACGUCGCGCUCCCUCACCUCCCUCACCCCGCUGAAAAGUGAGCUGCACCGCGAAUCUAAGGACUUCAUCAAACCCAAGCUCGUCACGGUCAUCCGCAGCGGCGUCAAGCCUCGCAAGGCAGUUCGGAUCCUGCUCAAUAAGAAAACGGCUCACUCCUUCGAUCAGGUGCUCACGGACAUCACCGACGCCAUCAAGUUGGACUCGGGAGCUGUGAGGCGACUCUACACUUUGGAAGGAAAGCAGAUCACCUGCCUGCAGGACUUCUUCGGCGAUGACGAUGUGUUCAUAGCCUGCGGACCGGAGAAGUACCGCUAUUCCCAGGAUGAUUUUGUUUUGGAUCACAGUGGUAAGGCUUCCACAGCCUUUAUGACUGAAUGCAGAGUGCUGAAGUCGUCUUACAGCCGCUCUGCGACUCCCAAUCGGACGGCUAAAAGCCCUAAACCUUCACGACGCAGCAAGUCGCCCAGUGCGGCAAGGCGACCUGUCCACUUCUCCACCAGUCAGUCCUCGAUCAAGUCCCCAGUAAAUGGUGUAUCAACAAGCCAGAUCUCAACUUCCAAGUCUACCAAGUCCUCCACACCGUCUCCCACCAGCCCUCUACCUAUUCCCAGUUUUAAGAUUCUUCCCUCUCAUCACAGCUCCUCCCCAAAUGUAAAUGGUUCACUGAACAAUCACCACGAUCAAACCGAUGAACUGAGCCCAGAAGUCAACGGGAACCGAUACCCUCCCGCCGUCAACAUCUUGGAGAAAUACAAGAUUGGCAAAGUGAUUGGAGACGGGAACUUCGCUGUGGUCAAAGACUGUGUGGAGAGGUCCACGGGGAAGGAGUUUGCUCUGAAGAUCAUCGACAAAGCCAAGUGCAGUGGAAAGGAGCACCUCAUCGAGAGCGAGGUGGCUGUGCUGCGGCGGGUCAAACACCCCAACAUCAUCAUGCUGAUCGAGGAGGUGGACACGCCCACAGAGCUCUACCUCGUUAUGGAGCUCGUCAAGGGAGGGGAUUUAUUCGAUGCCAUCACCUCCUCUGCCAAGUACACUGAAAGAGACGCCAGCAUCAUGGUGUACAACCUCGCCGGAGCGCUCAAGUACCUGCACAGCAUGAGCAUCGUCCACAGGGACAUCAAGCCCGAGAACCUGCUGGUGUUCGAGUACCCCGAUGGCACCAAGUCCUUGAAACUGGGAGACUUCGGCCUGGCCACAGUGGUGGAGGGACCGCUGUACACGGUGUGUGGGACUCCGACAUACGUGGCUCCAGAGAUCAUCGCCGAGUCUGGCUACGGUCUGAAGGUGGAUAUCUGGGCUGCGGGCGUCAUCACCUACAUCCUCCUGUGUGGCUUCCCCCCAUUCAGAAGCGACAAUAACCUGCAAGAGGACCUGUUCGACCAGAUUCUUCUCGGGCGGCUGGACUUUCCGAGUCCGUACUGGGACAACAUCACCGACUCGGCUAAGGAGCUGAUUGGAAAGAUGCUUCAGGUCAACGUGGAGGCUCGAUACACAGCCCAGGACGUCCUCUCACACCCAUGGGUCACGGACGACGCGGUGACGGACAACAACAUGAAGACGGAGGUGACAGGUAAACUGAAGACGCACUUCAACGCGGCGCCGAAGGAAAAUGACACGGCGGCUGGAGUGACGGUCAUCAUGAACACGGCUCUCGAUAAGAAGACCCUCCAGCUCGCCGCCCGCUGCUGUCCAGGGUUACAAACGGAGCCAAGUCCCCGGCUGUUGGCUGAGAAGAGCGUCUCCUCCUCUGUGCCAGACGAACCGGCUUCUCCAACCAAACAGGCUCCAUGUGGCGAAGCACUGAGGUCUAUGGAGCUGGCUCCACCAGCUGAGACUGCGAGCUGUGAGGCAGCUGCACCCGGACCCGCAGCGCCCCAUGAGCCUGAUGCUGCACCUGCAGCUCCUACUGAUCCUGAUCCUGCACCUGCAGAUCCCCCGGUUGAGCCUGAUGCUGAACCCGCAGCACCCACUGACCCCGAUGCUGCACCUGCAACUCCCACAGUUGAGCCUGAUCCUGAUGCCGUCCUGGCAGCUCCGACUGAUUGUGAUCCUGCACCCGCAGCCCCCCAUGAGCCUGAUGCUGCAACUGCAGAUCCUCCAGUUGAGCCUGAUGCUGAACCCACAGCACCCACUGAUCCUGAUGCCACACCUGCAGCUCCUACUGAUCCUGCACCCGCAGGUCCCACGGCUGAGCUCGAUCCUGCACCCACAGAUCCCCGGGGUGAGCCUGAUGCUGCACCCACCCUCCAGCCUGACUGCUCUCCGCCCCCGGGUAGCAGCCCACCGUGGGUCGCCACACCCGACCUGCCCCCCUCUGCUCCCACUAAUCCGCUUCAGUUCUAUGUUUUGCCCACCAACUCAAUGCCUCCCGAAAUUGAGGCUCCCUCGGCUCCCGGUCCGUCUUUAGAGCCCGCCUCUCCAUCUUGUCCUCCCGCUCUGCUCCCCUGCACCACCCCCUCCCCACCCGUCUCCUGUCCUUUCCCACUGUCGCCCUCUGAAGCGGCCCAGAACCUUUCCUCUCCACCCGAACCCAUGUGUCUUUCACCCUCCGCCCCGAUCAGAGCUGCAGCGUCUCCAUCCCCCUCCCCCGUCUCCCCCGUCCAGCCUCUUGUCUUCUUCCCCAUCUCCGCCCCAACAGAACCUUCCUCCCCCUCCUCCAUCCUCCCCACCCUGUUUCCUUCACCUCCUUCCACACCACCUAGAUCCACAUCCCCCCCGUCCCCCAGACUUUUACCCACUGAAGAACUUGUGGAUUAAAUCAGCUUAAGUUAUAUCUCUGCUUCAGCUUCUUCCUCUUCUUCCUCGCUCAAUGUUAAGUAACAGAAAAUCCAAACAUCACAAUAAGCAUUUCUCAGUAGCUGUAUUCUGAGCCAGAGGCCGUUGUCCCCACAUCUUUGCCUCCCGUGCUGCCAGGCGGAGGAGCGACGUGUCUUUUUAAGUCUGUCCUUUGUGUAAAUAUCCGUUUUUAUUUAUUGAUGAUUGUUGUGGAGAAAGGGAACGAGCCGAGUGUCACCGUUCUGACUGGUUCAGGUUCUGCUUCACUGUAAUGUGAAUCCUUUCACUUUAGUGCAUCACGCUGUAAAUAUUUAUUCAGUGCAAACACAUGGUGAGCUGUUGUUUCUUUAACAGUAAUUAUUUGUUGGUUUUGUACAUUUGCGUCACAGAAAAUGUAACUAUUGUUUUUGUCAGUUUUCUUUCACACUCGGCACAUAUGAAGGAUAAAUAUAAUCAUUAUGGCCUCAAGUUUAAAUAAGAGAAAAGCAUCUAAUGUGGAUAUUUUAAGCUAUUUUGAGAGGAUGUUUUUUGAUUUUAAUAGGAUAUAUUCUGCCACGAUCAGGUGUAACACAAAAUAGGGUGAAAUGUUACAGCUUCACUGUUUGAAUUCAGCGAUGACAAGAUGAACUUUUCUAUUGGAGGUUUUUUGAGCUGUACCUGUAUAAAAGCAUAUCCAUACUCUGAACUGGGAGGACUCUCAGCAGUGUUUCAGUGUACAGUGGGUGGACAAAAGCAAAUGUGUAUUUCAAAUAAAGUAACAGUUUAAUGAGUGUUGUGCAGCUGCAGCUGUAUCUGUGCCUCGAAGUCCUUCCAGUACCGUGAACAUCUGUUAAAUCUGCUUCAACAAGUUUGAUUUCACCUGAGCUGCAUCCAUUUAUCUAGCCUCUAUAUCGCAUGGCGAUUCCCUCACGACAUACAUGUCUCUGGGUGGCCUGGAGCCAUGGAUUUAUAUUUAAAUUGAAAUUAAAGAAGUGAUACAAAGCCUCUUAGAAAAUACAGUUUGUCCCUGUUAACCUCGCAUGAGUUGCUACCAUUACCUAAUAGAAUAAAUACUUUAGAAAGUAAAAGUGAUUUAUGACUGGCUUAUAAAUUCCACUGGCCAGAUUUUCGUUGCUGUCGGCAUCAAAAGAAAAUCCACAAUCCUGGUAUUACAGGAGGGAUUUGAUGGAUGUCUUCAAACCUGUGAAAAUAAACUGAAAACUCUUCAGAUCUCCACACACAAAUAGAAACUCAUCACGUUUUAUGCCAGCGUAGCUGGUUUUGUAAUAUUCACUCUGGUAUUGAAUCUUUUGUCCUCCCACUGCAACAUAUGCUGACACUUUGAUUUAAACGAUGUAUUUAUGUAUUAUUUGGUUUCAACACUGUAUCUGUACAUAGUGUGCGAUCAACCUGAAACUUGAAGGUUUGUUUAUGCGUCUGUGUUCGAGCUGCUCUGACCUUUAGAGUCAGAGCUGCUGCUCUUUAAAACACGGACAUAAAUCCAGCAGACAUCAAACAAAACUCUGGCUUUGCUUCUUGUGACAUUUGCAACACAGAACACUUUAUCUCUGAUGACAAGGUUGCAUUAAACUAGUUAGCUCCUUGAGAGUAUGUUGGAUUUGGGAGGUUGAAUGUGUUAUAAGUGGGUUUGGGCUUUUGAGCUUGAUCAAAAGCUUAAUGAGGCCUUUAUUAAAAAAAAAA